CAAAAAACGACCCACAAAACUACUUCCUGUUCCAAACAAGGAACUAGAGGAAACACAUCCACUCCAGGAGGGAAGAGAGAAAGAGAGAGAACAUAUACAUACACAUAUACAGAGUCUCUGAAUUUAGAGAGAGAGAGAGAGAGAGAGAGAGCAAUGGCGGAAGAAUCAGAGAAACGGUUUCAUGCUAUCAUGGACAAGCUCUUCCAUGCUCCUCGCAAACCUAAAUCCAAAUCAACAACGCCUACGCCAUCACAAUCCACGAGUUCGUCUGCAGGUCAGUUGUCAAGAGGUAAAAAGCGCCCGAACAUGGCGUUAUCGGUAUCGGAACCUAAAUCGAGAGGGGAAAUUUCAUCGGUUUCGAGUGGAUCAGUGCAAACUCCGGUGUGCAGACCGUGGGACCGAGGGGAUCUUAUGAGAAGGGUAGCUACAUUCAAGUCUAUGACAUGGUUUGCUAAACCCCAGGUAGUAAGUGCAGUAAAUUGUGCUAGAAGAGGUUGGAUCAAUGUUGAUACGGACACCAUUGCCUGUGAAGCAUGUGGCGCACGUAUCUACUUUUCUACUCCAUCAUCUUGGACACAGCAUCAAGUUGAGAAAGCAGCAUUGGUAUUUAGCUUAAAGCUGGAUAAUGGACACAAGCUACUUUGCCCAUGGAUUGACAAUGCGUGCGAUGAAACACUAGUGCAGUUUCCACCUACGUCAGCUGCAGUUCUGGUUGAUGAGUACAAGAGACGUUCUUCUGCACUCUUGGAUCUUUUAGCUCUUCCUGUAAUUUCAUCUUCAGCCAUUGAUUACAUGAGAAGCCCUCAACUGGAGCACUUUCUCAGAGGAUCUUCAAUUAUUGGAAGCGACAAUGAGCCUGUAGACACUUCUCAAAUGGAGUGCCUAGGAAAUGAAAUCGACAGAGAUUUUUCUGUCUCAUAUUAUCAGGCACAAAAAAUCAUAAGUUUAUGUGGGUGGGAACCUCGUUCACUACCUUAUGUUGUUGAUUGCAAGAACCGGCAGUAUCAGUCUAGUAGAGAUGCCAAUCUCCCAGAUUUUUCUCAUGGGGUCUCUAAUGGAUAUAAUUCUAGUAUUGUUGUUUAUUCUUCUGGUAUGGAGGAGACCAUUGAGGAAAAUGGCGUGCAGGCUGAUCCCAAUUCAGUUGUUUUAGACUGCAGACUUUGUGGAGCAAGUGUUGGAUUGUGGACUUUCUCUACAGUUCCACGGCCUUUAGAGUUGUUAAGACUAAUUGGAUACUCGGAAGUCAAUGGUGAUAAUGAUUCUGCUCAUCAUAAAGAAGAUGCCAUUUGUGGUGACGUUGGGGCUUCUGGAACCCAUGAUUUGAGCAUUGUAAAUCAUGCUGAUAAUAGGGAAGGCACAUUUAAUACUGCCCCUACUAGUGCGACGUCUUCAACUGAAAGACAGUUGACUUUAAAUUUGACAAUUGCAGGGGGUCCUCCACCAACAAAACAGAACUUCAGAGCAACAAUUUCUAUGCCUGUUAUUGGGCGGAAUUUGAGAGCUUGGAUUUCCUCUGAUACAGAUUUUAGGGAUCAUAGAAAUCGCAGGGAAAAGACUCUUACUGGGCAAGGAUUUCAGCCAGAAGAUGUGGAGUUAUUACAUGGCAAGCAAGUUGAUGAUGGAGAAUGCAAUUCUACAAGCAUCGGCCAGUUGCCAUGUUCGAAUAAUGACAUCGUUGAGGAAGGCAAUACACUUAGAAACGAAAUGAGCUGUGAUAUUUCAUCUGAAGGAGCUAAAAAUAGUGGACAAGGAUUCCCUGAAACCAGUACGCCAUAUUCCAUUAUAGAAAAUUCAAUACGGACCACUCCAAAUUUAGUAGAUGGCUCAAGUAAAAAUGACAAAUUGCCAGAAAAUGCAGAAAAUGUUGCCACAGUCAAUCCGGCAGUGGAGGUUGGUAGUAGUUCUCAAGUUGGAGACUCUUCUAUGGAAACCACAGGUGCUCAUUUAACUACCAGAAAUGGGGAAAUUGUUCAAAAUGACGCUUCAAUAACAGUUGAGGCUGAUGCUAGUUAUCUGCAACAGAAGUCGGUAACUGAUACAGUAUGUGGCACACUAGCUGAUAGCCAGGAUGGUAGUGGGUUCAAAGCCAGCGUGCAUCCUGUAAACAACAAUGUUGUGCCCUCUAGCAUAGGGAAGAAUCAAGAUCAACUGCGGUUUGAUGAAGCAAUGAAAUUUGAUCCAAUCAGGCAGCACAGGCAUUUUUGCCCCUGGAUUGCUUCAACUGGCAAUUCGCCACCAGGAUGGAAACAAGUGCUAUUUGCUUUACAACGGCAGAAGGAGUUUUCUUCUCCUUUAUCCACAAAUGCUCCAUCGUCUGCCUUGAUUGAGGUGGACGAUCCCAUUGCUUCAGUCAAAAAGCUAUUCAUGUCUCCAUCUGCCAAAAAAAUGAAGCUGGCUCAUGGUUCAAGUUGAGAAGCACCAAACUGUGAGAAGCCAUGAAAGUGUUGAUCUUUCAACCCGUUUUUGUUUGAGUUUUGUUUUCCUUUUUGCUUUUUGAUGAGCCGUGUUGUA